AUGCCUCCCGUGUUACAUCCUCAGGGAGUACUGCUUGCUAAAGAUCGUGAACAGAGUAUCUGUCAGGCAAGAGCCGCUGUGAUGGUUUAUGAUGAUGCCAAUAAGAAGUGGGUGCCAGCUGGUGGCUCAACUGGGUUCAGCAGAGUCCAUAUAUAUCACCAUACAGGCAACAACACAUUCAGAGUGGUGGGCAGGAAGAUUCAGGACCAUCAGGUCGUGAUAAAUUGUGCCAUUCCUAAAGGGUUGAAGUACAAUCAAGCUACACAGACCUUCCACCAGUGGCGAGAUGCUAGGCAGGUGUAUGGUCUCAACUUUGGCAGCAAAGAGGAUGCCAAUGUCUUCGCAAGUGCCAUGAUGCAUGCCUUAGAAGUGUUAAAUUCACAGGAAACAGCCCAGAGCAAGGUUACUGCUACCCAGGACAGCACUAAUUUGCGAUGUAUUUUCUGUGGGCCAACAUUGCCUAGACAAAAUUCACAACUACCUGCCCAAGUACAAAAUGGCCCAUCACAAGAAGAAUUGGAAAUUCAAAGAAGGCAACUACAAGAGCAGCAACGACAAAAGGAACUGGAGCGGGAAAGACUGGAGAGAGAAAGAAUGGAAAGGGAGAGGUUGGAGAGAGAGAGGUUAGAAAGGGAAAGGCUGGAGAGGGAACGGCUAGAACAAGAGCAGCUGGAGAGAGAGAGACAAGAAAGGGAACGGCAAGAACGCCUGGAGCGGGAGAGGCAAGAAAGGCAAGAACGGGAGAGACUUGAGAGACUUGAACGGGAAAGGCAAGAAAGAGAGCGACAAGAACAGUUAGAAAGGGAACAGUUGGAAUGGGAGAGAGAGCGAAGAAUAUCAAAUGCUGCUGCCCCUGCCUCUGUUGAGACUCCUCUAAACUCUGUGCUGGGAGACUCCUCUGCUUCUGAGCCAGGCUUGCAGGCAGCCUCUCAGCCGGCCGAGACUCCAGCCCAACAGGGCAUUGUCUUGGGACCACCUGCACCUCCACCCCCUCCACCACUCCCGCCAGGUCCUGCCCAGGUGUCAGCAGUACUCCCCCCUCCCCCAGGGCCCCCUCCACCACCUCCGCUUCCAUCCUCCGGGCCUCCACCCCCGCCCCCUCCACCCCCUCUUCCUAAUCAAGUACCCCCUCCUCCCCCACCACCUCCCGCCCCUCCCCUCCCUGCAUCCGGAUUUUUUGUGGGAUCUGUGUCAGAAGACAAUCGCCCUUUAACUGGACUUGCAGCUGCAAUUGCUGGAGCAAAACUUAGGAAAGUGUCACGGAUGGAGGAUUCCUCUUUCCAAAGUGGAGGGAAUACCGUUGGUGUGAAUUCGGCCUCAUCUAAAACAGAAACAGGUCGUGGAAAUGGACCCCUUCCUUUAGGGGGUAGUGGUUUAAUGGAAGAAAUGAGCGCCCUGCUGGCCAGGAGGCGAAGGAUUGCUGAAAAGGGAUCAACAAUAGAAACAGAACAAAAAGAGGACAAAAAUGAAGAUUCAGAGCCUGUAACUAAGGCCUCUACAAGUACACCUGAACCAACAAGAAAACCUUGGGAAAGAACAAAUACAAUGAAUGGCAGCAAGUCACCUGUUAUCUCCAGACGGGAGUCUCCAAGGAAAAAUCAGAUUGUUUUUGACAACAGGUCCUAUGAUUCAUUACACAGACCAAAAUCUGCACCCUCCUCACAGCCCAGUGCCAAUGGAGUCCAGACGGAGGGGCUAGACUACGACAGAUUGAAGCAGGAUAUUUUAGAUGAAAUGAGAAAAGAAUUAACAAAACUAAAAGAAGAGCUCAUUGAUGCAAUCAGGCAGGAACUGAGCAAGUCAAAUACUGCGUAGAAAAACAAACUAAGGAGAGAUAGGACUUUAAUCUGGAGAAAAGAAAUACCCAGAAACAACAGCUGUCAACAACAACAAGCCCCAAGAUUUCAUGAGCUGUAAGAAGAACAUGGAGACAAACAGUUGGAAGGAGGGAGAAACCAAGCGAUUUUGGAAAGCCUUCAGACCUAUCACUCUGGCGAUAAGCUGUUUCCCUCCUAGUGUGCUGCUUUUUUCUGACCUUUACAGCAGGGUGGAAGAGAGUCGUCGUGUAAGAGUUCCUGUAACAGUUAUGCAGAAAAUACUAUACCCGGCAGGCGAGAUCACGGUACACUGAAAUAUUUUCAUGUCAAGAUAAAAUUGCACAUUUUCCAUAAUCCAUUGCUAAAAUAAAGAAGAGAAAGGCUUAAGAAGUUUUUCGUUCCCCCCAGAGAGUGCUGAUGAAGAAUUCAGCAAGUUAUGCUAUUGUAUUGUAAAUGUGUGUCUCAGGUCUGUCUUCCUAUCAUGUUUGAUAUUCCAUGAAUAAUUGAGAUCAGCCCUGGAUAGGUUAUGAUCAUAAAAUGUGGAACAGAUGGAACUGUGUGUGUUUUCAAAGGGUGAUAUUUAUAAGAAAGUGUCCUGAAAAUGAUGGGUUCAGCUUGAGGAAUUUUAGAAUGAUAGGAAGCCUCUUGAGUUAACCUUCAUGCAGUUUUGUAGAUUAAAACAUAAAAUUCGUCCAGAAUUUAAAGAUUUAGAUGCCUUCCUAAAUUGUCACAAUGCUUUUACCAAAUCUAUGGCUCUUACGUAACACAAACCAGUGGUCAAAUAUAAAACAAUAUAUUGUAGAUUUACUGUAGGUUUUCAGCCUUUUUUAGAAUUAUGCAUGUGGACAUUUUUAUAAUGUAAUUACAACCACCACAAAAUUAGCUUUUUUAAUUGCAGACUGUAAUGCAUGUCACACUAAUGUGUAGUGGGCUUUUCAAAGCCUAGUCCCAGGGAAAACAUUUUGUAGAGUCUAGGGGAAUGGGAGGAAGGGAAGGAAUAGCUUUUAAUUUAAAGUUAAUUUCUGCACUAUCUUUUUCUCAAUUACCUGCAUGAAUAAUAAUGAGGAAUAUUUUGUGACUUUAAUUGGUGAAUACGUUAACAGAACCAAGUGCUUAAUCUUUUACAUCAUGUCUCCAGCUAUUUGUAUUUUAACUUCAAUAAUCUCAAUGACCUGAAACAUGAUUCUGAGCUUCACAAGAAGUUUAUCUUGUCGUGAAACUCAAAAGUUUGAUCACUGAAUUUGGCAGUUAUUAUUACCGAGGUGCCCCUGCAGUUAUCCAGGUGUUCAGGUACAUGCUCCUGACUGAAGCUGCUUUUGAAUGUUGUUAUGUUGAGAUACAAGAAAUAACAACGAUGGCAACAAUUAAAGUCACAGAAAUCAUUAAGGGAGCUCUGCAUAAUUUUUUUUUUUAAAUAAAGUGAAGUGAGACUUAGGUGGUGGGAAGAAGGAAUUAGAUACUCUCCUUACCACCGUGUGUGUGUGUGUGUGCGUGCGUGUGUGCAAGAGAGAUUGUGUAUAUACGUGAUCCACUCCCUUUUCUUUUCUUUGAAACUGAUAAGAUUAAAAUAGGUGAGAAAUACUAUAUGUUGCAAUUAUAGCUUUUUGGAAAAUUUAGCAAAUCAAAAAUUAUCCAGGCUCUCCAUCUUGAUUUAUGCUUGACUUGUUAUAAGUGCCAUAUUUGCUUUGAAAUGUUUGAUUAUCAGAAGUUUUACUAAAAUUUUGAAGAAAUAAUCCAUUUUCAUUGGCCUUCUAGAUUUCUUACAUCUUGAUUCAUUAGACAGAAGCUUUUGUUGAUGGCAUAGUUUUCUCAGUGCUGCAGUAUUGCAGCUGUUACCACUUCAGAGAGACUUGAAUGAGGGAAUUCUUUUCCUUGUUAAAUAGUUCCUGUUUUCUGUAGAAACUUCAUUUUAAGGUUAAACUGUGAUGGAUGAGCUAUCAUAAUUCAAGUAUAAAGUUCUUUUUUCUAGCCAGUAUUCAUUGCCAUGCAGUAGUAGUGAAGGAGUUAAAGAUGCAGCAAGCUUAUAAAGUACUAUUUUCUAAAAGAAAUAGGAGGCGUUUUCAUCUUUAUUAUUGUAAUUUUGGUUAUACAAACACUGAGGAUAUGAACGUUUAUGCCCCCUAUGAAUCUGGUCAGAAGCCACUUUUGAUUUUGUUGGUUAAGUAGUCUAUAGUAGGAUAGAGUACUGGGUACAAGCGGUCCAAAGGAAGAUAAAGACUAAAAUUAAAAUGCUAGAUCUUAAAAGGAACUGGUUUAUGCACUAAACGUUUUGUGCCUUGGUCUAAUGUUAACAUGAUGUCUGUGUAAAAUGACAACCAAGAACCAGUGUUGAAUAACACUAUAUUUUCCAUCAUUUUGCAUUAGUAUCCCAGAUUGCUCAAUGUGUUCUUCCCAAGAAGUUUGAUUGAGUUACUGUAUACAUUUGCUGUCAUACAUGAUGGUGUGUCAUUGUUAAGAGAUUUCAGUAAUUAAAAUGGGAAACAGAAGCUUAAGUUAUUUUCCUUAUUAACAAAACUCUGUUCCGUGGAGCCACGUUAUUCUAGUGGUUUUUGUGCUUUUGUACAUUGGCUGUCUUAAGCUGAGGACAGUUUAGGGGAUCCUUUCUAAUUACAGGAAGGUACUGCUUUCCUCGCCACUGUGACCUGAUCUGUGACAGAUGUGUACUGUACACUGUGUAAACAGCUAACAGGUCAACUGCAAACACACUGAAUGUCCGAACCUUAGUGCUGGGGCUGAGAUCUCUUCAGAACAGACUUCGUGAUUUAAACGUUCGUUUCAAAAUUUGCAGCAAGUGUCCAUCAAAACUGAAGAUGAAACACUAAUGAAUGUUGAAUUCUCAUGCUCUAGG